CAAGGCCAAAGCUUCCAGUGAAGUGGAGAAUGUUCCGAUAGCAACUCCUACUGUGAAAUUUUUUAGCCUAAAACCGAAAAUUUUUGACCGGUCAUCAUUAAAAAGUGAAAAAGACAAUAAAAGUAAAAGUGAACUUUCCACAAUCUUCAAAGAAAAAUCUGUGAAUCAGUUGAAACUGGCUAAUGGGAAAUGUGAUGGGGAGAAGUCCACUGCUAGUGACGGCUCCUCUCAGGAUAGUAAAGUGAUUGCUUCAUGUGUUCAAGACCAAAGUCCUGUUCUGUCGACAUCUGUACAAAAGCUGAGCCC